GAACCAAGCACAUACGGCCACAGUCAGCUGAAAACUGGGCAUCCCGUCCGCUCUGCCAUACAUAAGCAGUUGAACGGCAGAUUAGUACUACGGUGGGUGACCACGUGGGAAUCCCUGCUGCUGUAUGUUUUGCGUCCUCUUUUGUCCUCGACUACUCAAUCAGUAUCGAGUCCCAUCUGGUUAUGCUCUCACCAGCUUUUGUUCAUGGAAGCUGAUGAACACUUGUUUGAGUUCGAAUCGCGAGCCAACUGCAAUGUUUAUUCAAAGUCGCGUUAUCAAGGUUGA